AUGUCGCGGAGGGCGCGCGGUGAGGAGCUGGAUGAGCUGCAGUGCCAGGACACAGAUUCAGAUGUGCCAGAGCAGAGACACAGCAAGUGCAAGGUCAAAUGGACCCAGGAGGAGGACGAGCAGCUGAGGGCCCUGGUGAAGCAGUUUGGACAGCAAGACUGGGAGUUCCUGGCCAGCCACUCUCCUAACCGCACCGACCAGCAGUGCCAGUACCGCUGGCUGAGGGUCUUGAAUCCAGACCUCGUCAAAGGGCCAUGGACCAAAGAGGAGGACCGGAAGGCCAUCGAGCUGGUCAAGAAGUACAGCACGAAGCAGUGGACGCUGAUCGCCAAGCACCUGAAAGGCCAGCUGGGCAAGCAGUGCCGUGAGCGCUGGCACAACCACCUCAACCCCGAGGUGAAGAAGUCCUGCUGGACGGAGGAGGAGGACCGCAUCAUCUGUGAGGCCCACAAGGUGCUGGGCAACCGCUGGGCUGAGAUCGCCAAGAUGCUGCCGGGGAGGACGGACAAUGCUGUGAAGAAUCACUGGAACUCUACUGUCAAGAGGAAGGUGGACACGGGAGGCUUCCUGAGUGAGUCCAGAGACAGCAAGCCCCCCAUGUACUUGCUGCUGGAGCUGGAGGACAAGGACGGCCGCCUGAGUGCCCCCUCCUCGGAAGGCCAGGGAAGUGCUGUGACCAGCUGGCCCCCGGCAUUCCCUGCCCUGAAGGAAGAAGAGAGCAGCGAGGAGGAGGUCGCGGCGGCCGCCCCCGCCCAGGAGCAGGAGCCCGUCCCCGCGGAGCUGGACGGAGUGCAGACCCCGGAGCCCCGGGGGGACUUCCCCAAGCGUGAAGACCAGGAAGGCUCCUCGCCGGAGACCAGCCUGCCCUACAAGUGGCUGGUGGAGGCUGCCAACCUCCUCAUCCCGGCUGUGGAGUCCGGCCUCUCGGAAGCCCUGGACUUGAUCGAGUCUGACCCCGAUGCGUGGUGUGACCUGAGUAAGUUUGACCUCCCCGAGGAGCCGUCGGCCGAGGGCAGUCUCGUGGGCAGCCCGGGGCAGCCCCAAGAAUGGCAGCAGCAGCAGCCCACGCCGCCCCGGCCAGCCACUGCCGCGGCACCCAGCGUGACCGAGUACCGCCUGGACGGCCACACCAUCUCCGACCUGAGCCGUGGCAGCCGGGGCGAGCUGAUCCCCAUCUCCCGCAGCACUGAUGUGGGGGGCUCAGGCGUGGGCACACCGCCCUCCGUGCUCAAGCGGCAGAAGAAGAGGCGUGUCGCCCUGUCCCCUGUCAUGGAGGACAGGGCCAGCCUGUCCUUCCUGGACUCCUGCAGCAGCCUCACCCCAAAGAGCACGCCCGUCAAGACCCUGCCCUUCUCGCCCUCCCAGCCAGAGGUGGUGGUCACCACGCUGCUGCCCCGGGACAAGACGCCGCUGCACCAGAAACACGCUGCGUUUGUUACCCCAGAUCAGAAGUGCUCCAUGGACAACACUCCCCACACACCGACCCCGUUCAAGAACGCCCUCGAGAAGUAUGGACCACUAAAACCCCUGCCCCAGACCCCCCCCCUGGAGGAGGACUUGAAAGAGGUGCUGCGCUCCGAGCCUGGCAUCGAGCUCAUCAUCGAGGAUGAAGUGAGGCCGGAGAAGCAGAAGAGGAAGGCCGGGAUGCGGCGAAGCCCCAUCAAGAAAGUCCGCAAGUCCCUGGCUCUCGACAUUGUGGACGAGGACAUGAAGCUGAUGAUGUCCACGCUUCCCAAGCUGACCAGCAUCCUCGCAGCGGGCUCCUCGGGCCUCACCCCGUCAGGCAGCAGCGAGGACAGCAGCCUACUCAACGAGGGCUUUCUGCAGGCCAAGUCCGAGAAGCCAGCGGCCCGAAGCCCCGGGGCCACUUUCCCACCCCUGCCCCCAUGA